AUGGCACCUACACCACUUCUUCACCCCGUGACUAUCCUGGACCAGUUUCACGUCACGCCGUCGCCGGCACCGGCGGCAGGGCAGCCACGGGCGCUGCCGCUCACCUUCUUCGACCUCGUCUUCUGGGCCAUCCCGCCCGUGCAGCGUCUCUUCUUCUACCACAACGCCGACCUCCUCGACGUCUCGGACUUCACGCUCGGCGAGCUGCCACGGUUUAGGAGGUCCCUCGCCGCCGCGCUGCACCACUUCUAUCCGUUGGCGGGGAAGUUGACGUGCGAGUUGGCCAACGAGGGCGUGGCGCCGCCGGAGGUAGUAUUCUCCGACGGCGACUCCGUCCCGCUAACCGUGGCCGUCGGCAGCGACGACUUCCGAGACCUCGCCGGCGACAACGCCCGCGACACCACGAGGAUACGUCCGCUGCUCCCCGCGCUGCCAAAACACGGCGGGUCUCGGUCCCAACAGGGCGUCCUCGCCGUCCAGAUUACGGUGUUCCCACGCGCCGGCAUUUGCAUCGGCACGACGGUGCACCACGCCGUGGCUGACGGCUCCAGCUACGCGCACUUCCUCAGCACGUGGACCGCCGCCCACCGCCGCGGCCCCGAGCGCAACGGGGCGGUGGCGAUGGACGUGCCCCCGCUGUUCGACCGCGGCGUCGUGCGGGACGACGCCGGCCUCCGGGAGGCGUUCCUGCGCGACCACCGAGCGCUCGGUACAGCCGGCGGCCACGAGCGCCUCGACGACUGGGACCUCAGUCGCCGCCCUGGCGUCGUGCUCGCCACGUUCCGGUUCACCGAGAAGCAACUCCGCGCGCUCGGGAGGCGCGUCGAGUCGGAGACCUCGGCGCGGUGCUCACCGUACGCGCUGGCGUGCGGCGCCGCGUGGGCCGGCAUCGUGCACGCGCGCGGCGGCGGCAGGGGCUUGGAAGGAGCUCCGGCACCCGACGCGCACUUCGGGUUCGUGACGGGGUGCAAGCCCCGCGCGAGCCCGCCUGUACCGGCGAACUACUUCGGCAACUGCCUCGGUCUGUGCCGCGUCCAAGCAAAGCGGGGCGAACUCACCGCGGCGGUCGCCUCGGCUGCCAUAUGGCGCGCGAUCGAGGGGCUGGCCGAGGUAGGGAGCGUGUUCCGGGGAUCUCGGGGGUGGGUGCGCUGGGUGCAGGAGUACGCUUCGGCGCGGGCGGUGACCGUGGCCGGGUCGCCGAAGCUGGGCGUCUACGCGGCCGCGGAUUUCGGCGGGGCGUGGGGCAGGCCGACGAAGGUGGAGAUCGCAUCGGUGGAACGCACGGGCGCGCUGGCGCUGGCGGAGAGCGGCCGCGACGGAGACGGCGGCAUCGAGGUUGGGCUGGCGCUCCCGCGCGCCGAGAUGGAGACGUUCCGUACGUUUUACCUCGACCUGUUGGCCAGCCUCGGUUGA